CAAAAAUUGUGGAGAUGGGAAUUCGUUUCGUUCGUUAAGAAACGAAUUAUCGAAAUAAUUCAAUAUUAUUUUAUUUCCGCGCGCUAUAUAAUAAUCCCGUAAUCAUUUUAUGCUCACGUGUGUGUGUUGUUACAAAUAUUCUUUCAAAUCUGGAUGAAGAUACUAUGAUUGCUGCGUCUGAGCCUCUGGAGUUUGUGCCACACGGCAGAACUGUGCUGGCGAAGCACCCGGGUCAGAUCUACAGCAAACACAACACCUCAGCGUCGGAGAACUCCUUGCUGUACAAGCUCACCAACUUUGCCAUCAAGGAUGAGAGCCUGCUGGAAGCAAGGGAGACAGAUGAGCAAGAGUGGUGGUGCAUCAGAGAAGUGUACUACAGGAAUAAUGAUGAUUUUGAAGAAGAACAACAACAACCGAAGGAUUCAAAGUACGAGUUCAACUCUGAAUCAUUUCGGGCACCAAGUCGUCUCAAAAAUGACUUUAAUAUCUCCAUCAAGUCAGAACUGAUGAGUGGUAUGAAGAAGAUGGAAGGUGAUGGCUUAAACUCUGCAGGCCCGUCCCGUGGUGGUAGCGCUAAUAGUUCUAGUAACAUGUCCAAGAAAUUCAACCUGACUUCUGGUUCUGGAAGUAAGAAAUCCAAGGGUGGGCUAAAUCCGAAGACCGAUAGCUCUUACGAAGAAGAGCUUUAUGUGAAAGGAUGCACUGCUGUUUGGUCUAAAGGUCUGAUCUCAAUGCCAGCUACGAAGCUAACAGAUCCAGAACACAGAGAGACAAUAGCUUGCUACACCAUAGAAAAUCCCAUAAAACAUGCAGCUUUCUGCAACUUCCAUGUUGAUAUCAAGAACACCAUGCUCAUAGACGCUUUAAACACCCAGAUUGGUGAUGUAAAGAAAAACAUAAAAAUAGAAGAUACUACAGAACAUAUACAAACUAAAACAAUGCCGGCCAUCUUGUUAAUAGAUAAUAAGUGUAUGAAAGUUUACGCUAAUGAAGGUCGGGAGUACAUCACUAGUAUACCAUUCCAAGUUAAAAAAGUUUGGCCAAUGAAAUAUGGCGUUUUAUUAGAAAAGGAGGCUACGCCUUUAACUCAGAACUCCAUGCUACCAACCUCCUUUAUGAAAUUAAACGAAUCUCAGAAUAGUACCUUUUCUAAGUCCAAAUCAAACUUUCCAUUUAACAUGAGUUCGAAAUUGCGUCCUGAAUCUGUGUCAGCGUUUGACCAGGAUGUUGCGUUACCAACUUGCUUCUCAUUAACACAUCCUUUAGACGAAGUUACUCCUAUUUUGAUGAAGUCACCUUCGCAAGGUCUUCAAUAUUACAACGACGGAGAUGUACAAAUUAUCUUCGUCAGUUCAAACCCAAGUAUUAUUUUACUUUACGACUGGAAACUAGGUACACAUUCGCUUUGGAAGAUCAGAAGAACUGUCAGAGAUGAAUGUCUGUCAAUGUGCCCAAAUAUGAAUUCUACAACAACUGUGUUCAGUCAAUCGUGUGACUAUAUGGGUAGUCCGAUGCAGAGUCAGCGGAAUGUUACUAGUUGGGCAACUGGUUUGGGAAGUCCAUACCAGUCUAAGAAGUUUCCAAGUACUCCGACAAUGUCUAGAUCUAGGAUUAACAGUCCGAUGGCCAACGUGUUCCACCAGCAAGGGUUGUCACCUCACGCUUCGAUUGGGCAAGCAUCUUACACAUCAAUGAUGGGGAACAAUGGUCCGCAGAAUCCUCCAGCGUUGCCUUUAUACCCUGAUAUCUGCUUGGAUCAUAUUUGGACGGACACACAAACAAUUAGAAGAGAUCCUAUAGAGUCCGCAAGUGAUAUGAAGACGUUUUUGCAUACAGAUUUAGUUGGCCACGAUUAUUUGUGUUUUAUUGUUAAAGUGGGAGGGGUUAGCAGGUUGCAAAUUGUACGGUUGCAACGGUCACAUUCUUUAGGGCAGACCUCUAAGACAAAUCUCAUGGUUGGAGCUGUUUCUACUGUGUUGGCUAAAGAUGCGGUAGUGUUGGAGCAUCUGAAUAUGAUUGCGUUGAUUGAUGAGGCUGGCAACAUUAUCUUGCAGUCUGGGAAUCAUGUUGUUGGAAAGGUCCACGUUGGUGGUGUACUAGCUCGUCUAAUAGACUCUCCCUACACAAAACGAGCUACAUUCCAGUCUCCGUUCCCUCGUCGAAGCAGCUUACUCCCCAGCCGUUGUAAUGAGACCUCCAACUUUGAUGACUCCGCACUACAUCUACUAUCUCCAGUCCCUCAUAGUUCCACUGCGAGACACGAGCAAAAAGAAAGCUUAGGUUUGUGUGGUCUCUGCGACGCGGCUGGUUCCCGUAUGACGUUGCAGUUUGAAGCCGGACCGAUGUAUAGAAUAUCCUUACCGCCAUUAACUUGUUCGACUCUGGUCACACGAUGUUACACUGCUUUAAGAGCUAUUUUACCUAAAGAUAUUACAAUGCAGGUAAUAAUCAAAUGGUAUGGUGCACGCAACGCUCCGGGCACACAAGACCUAACUCCCGACCAAGAAUGGUCAAUGUUCUCGAACCUUCUCUUUUCUCUCAUCGGAUACGACGUAGAAAAACUUCAAGCUAAACAGACUGAUGAUGUAGAGCAUGCAGAGGUCGCCACUAAGAAACAGAGGACCUCAAGCGAUGGGUCUUCGGAUGACUGGGAGUACCUACUCAACUCAAAAAUGCAUAAAGCCAUUGGACAAUCUCUAUCCAUGUUAAAAUUACCCGUACCAAAUUCAGACAGCCACAGAAAGAACAAAAGAUCAAGUACUGAACCCGAAAAAACAAUACAAAUCAACACAAAUUCUAUGCUAUUUCCAUACAUAUUACAAGUAUUGUAUUCUCUACAUUUAGUUUAUGAAGAAAUCAAAUUAAAUACUUUACUAUGGAAUAACUUAAGACCGUUGUCAGCGUUUCUGUACCAACUGUCGAAGGAUUUGAAAUUGGAUGCCUAUGUGAAUCAUUACUGGCUGGAUUUCCCAACGGAUUUGAAUUUGGAAUAUGACGAUGAAACCCAAAUAUGUGAGAGUAGUUUGAACAAGUUGUGUGAGCCUGUCUACUUCAAUAGGGAACCUCCUAAUGUGUAUUCUUAUUUGAAUUCGAUGCUGAAGGACUUGGAUGUUGGAUCUUACCCAUAUUUAGCUGAGGUCAAUGAUAUGUCCAGGGAUAUUAUCGAGAUUCUAUCAACAGUGGGUUGCGGACGCAGUGCCGGCAUACAGACUAUAUCGAGCCGCGACACCGUGACAGCCAGUAGCACGCCGCGAGCUCGCCGCGAUACCAACAACUAUAGCUCGCCUUACUGCCAGGCAGUCAUCAUGGCCUGUGAUAAAGGUAUAACCCUCAGAGACGUAGACAACUUACCACCAGCGCUGGGCCUGCUACUGCUCACAAUAUUCAGUCGCUGCAAGAGUUCGCCCCCAGCCGACUGGCCGCCGGAGGCCUACAACUUGGUGAUGAGGGAAGACCUCGCCCAUCAGGCAGAGGUCGCUCAUACUAUGAAAACUGCUUCCGAUUAUAUGGAGUUUAUAGCGCUAGAAGUACUGGAGAAGGACACUGUGUACACGCUAGCUAAGAAACCCGUAGAGCCGGCGCGGAGUAACCCGGAGGACGCUGACGUCAUUACCGGAAUGGAACAUCUCAACACGCAACUACUUAGUCUGCUGUACCCACGGGAUCAUAGAAUGACAGAAGUAAUAAAUCUGCUACAGUCAUCGAUUCCUGUGACUAUAAACUUGACACAGCGGCCCGAAGUAUCAGACCAUGACUUCAUUGAGGAGCAGGAGAAGUAUUUGUUUGCAGUCAGCACUAGAACUAUGGCGUUGCCUAUUGCCAGAGGAAUGGCGAGCCUGCGCUGCGUGCCGUGCCCGGCCACGGAGGCGGUGGAGCUGCCCCGCGUCUGCGUGUGGGGGCGCUGGCGGGGGCGGGGCGCCGGCGCAGAGGGGGCGGGGCCGGGGGCGUGGCCUGCAUUCCACAAUGGCGCCGCCGCUGCGCUGUCGCUGGUACCGCUGUCUGGCUUCACCAUUGAUUCUGAAUGGGUGAUCUACAAUAAACCACGGGGUACAGCAGAAAUGUCAACUGAGCACGCGGGCUUCCUGAUGGGCCUGGGUCUAAACGGCCACCUGCGGGACAUGCCGUUUAUGAAUAUAUACGAAUACCUCGUCAAGUGCAAUGAGAUGAUCAGCGUCGGACUCUUGUUGGGCCUCGCUGCGACUUACAGAGGCACGAUGGACGUACAAGCAACGAAGAUGAUGAGUAUCCACUUGGAGCCCCUCCUCCCCCCCACUUCCAUAGAGCUGGACAUCCAGCAGAACAUCCUGGUGGCCGCACUCAUGGGGGUGGGGCUCAUAUACCAGGGCACUGCGCACACGCACUACGCUCAAGUACUGCUCAAUGAGAUCGGUCGUCCGCCGGGCCCCGAGACGGAGGCGUGCGUGGAGCGCGAGGGGUACGCGCUGGCGGCCGGGCUGGCGCUGGGUCUGCUGGUGGCGGGCGCCGCGCGCCGCCCCGCGCCCGCCACGCACCACGUCGCGCGCAGGCUGCGGACCUACAUGCUGGGCGGGGACAGGGGGCCGCUCACUGGUACGCAAAAAGAGAAGUACAAGCAAGGGUCGUUCGCGGUCCGCGAAGGCGCGACAGUGAACCUGGACGUGACGUCCCCGGGCGCGACGCUGGCGCUGGGCCUCCUGUACCUGCGCAGCGGAUGCAGCGCGCGCGCCGCCUGGCUGCAGCCGCCCCGCACGCCAUACCAGCUCGACUUCGUGCGCCCCGACCUGCUCAUGCUGCGGGUCAUCGCCAGGGGUUUAGUUCUAUGGGACAGCAUAGAGCCUACUGAGGAGUGGGUGGAAAGUCAGGUCCCAGAUACAAUCAAACCGUACUGCUUCGUCAAGCCCACUGAGGAUAACAUCGACUAUGAAGCUAUGAAUCAAGCAUACUGCAACAUAAUAGCGGGCGCGUGCUUCGCCCUAGGGCUUCGGUUCGCGGGGUCCGGCGACGAGGAUGCCCGAGACACCGCCCUGCAGUACGCCAAACUGUUUAUAGCCGUCGGGGGCAAAAGUGUGGCAGAACUGGCUGGACGGUCUACCUUGGAAACCUGUCUCUGUGUUUGUUUGCUAGCUGCUGGAAUGAUAAUGUGCGGUCGCGGCGACAUCCCAACACUACGCGUGUGUCGUCGGCUGCGCGCGCGCACCCCCGCCGCCGCGCCCCCCGCCGCCGCGCCGCUCACACACGGCGGACAGAUGGCAGUGCACUGUACAAUAGGCCUUCUGUUCCUGGGUGGAGGAAGAGCAACACUGAGUACCACACCCACCGCAGUAGCCGCGCUACUCGCUGCCUUCUUCCCAAAGUUCCCGACACACAGCGAAGAUAAUAGGUACCACUUGCAAGCCUUCAGACACCUUUACGUAUUGGCAGUGGAGGCCAGGCUGAUACUGCCUCGAGAUAUCAGCACUGAGAAGCUUUGUUACGCACAUAUACAGGUAAUAGAUCUAAACGACGCAGUGAAAGAGAUGAAGGCGCCCUGCAUCAUCCCUGAGCUGAGCACCCUAAAGGAGGUGAAGAUCAACGACCCCCGGUACUGGCCCAUCACAUUCCAAAGGGACAGGAAUUGGGACCAACUCAAAUUAUUCCUCGAGUACUCUUGGUGCAUAGACAUAAAGCAGCGCGCCGGCUGCCUCUCCUACAUAGACGACCCGCAGGGCUUCCUUACUAUAUUGGCGCAAACGCUCACACUCGACAAGUCCAACAUUUGGUCCACGAACACGGAGAACAUAGAACUAUUCACCAACGACGACAAGAUACGGAACUUCGUGAAGCAGUAUUUGGUGAAGGAUGUUGGGGCCAACGUUUGCGGGGACUGCCUGGUGGUGUCGCGGCGCCGCAAGGGCCGGGACGCGGCGCUGGCGCCGUGCUCGUGCCGCGCCUACACGCGCCCCGAGCGCGACCAUCUGCAGGGGCUCGCCAUGCUCACCUACGACUGCGUCGUCAAAGACAUACUCUGUGCCCUACCUAUAUGGACUACGUUUUUGAAGAUAAUAAAAACAAUGAAACCGGAACCCACAUCCUACCAUAUCUGGCAGAUUAAACUGCUACUAUCACAGAUAGACAAUCACAACAGAAGAACGAUGAACGAAAUGAAAGUUGACGAUCAGGAAGCAACGAACGAACCACUAAUCUCUAAUGAAUUCACUCUAGCUAUUAAGCAGAAAGUAUCAAAUAUAUUCGAUAGUUGGGAGUCAAGGCUGGCUCCGUUCUUGAGGAAGUAUCUCGGUCUGCCCAGCAGCCGGAAGAUCAGCGGAUGUGAUGAUGAUGUUAAGAAGAUUCUUAGCGGGUUCCUCGUGUACCAUGAUCUGCCCAAAGGUGCUAUGAAGGAUGCCGUGGGUGAUGACGAGCUCUCAGUAUUACUACAGCUGGAAGGAGUGUCGAUGGAAGGUAUGAGCAAGGUGUGUGACCUGCUGAGAUGAUGUCGCGCCCUCCGCCGCGGGUACGUGACGCGCUCCAAGUGUCGCGGGGACUGCGUCACCGACUGGUGUCAGCAUUGACUUACCAUCACCAUCUUCGUCAGCCACCCUCUCAAAUGGAAACUCCAAAUACAACAUGUUUUUGUUUAUAUAAAACGUGUUUUAAAUUGUCAUGUUUUUAUGUCAGACUACUCUAGCCAUUAUCGUUAUCAACCAAGUGGAAAUUGUAGCGUAUCUAUAAAUUAUUGUCUUAAAUAAAAUUGUGUGUGACGUUUUAUGCAACUGUUCGGUAAAUUCACACUUCACCAUCGUCAGAACUUUACCUUCAUUUCCUUUUUGUUAAAAAUAUAUUUUAUAUUAAAAUGAAACUAGAUAUGAUGUUUUCCUCAUCCAUAAGUCUGCGAAAUCAAGCUUGAGGCGAAGAAUGCUGCUGCAAUUAUAGCUUGGGAGGUUAGUCACAGAUUAACAAUGUUCCUUUUGUUGUUGAAUUCAGUUGGAUGUGUGAGAUCUUAUGAAGAUCUUAGAUGGACUCCAGUCGUGCCUGUCUAUUUAUGAUUUUGACAACCCGCUCUGCAUCUUCGAGCAUCGCCUCCAUUGAGUCUCCGAAGAGUUCCCUCAUCUUCUCUUUAGUGUCCCCAUCAAUCGAGCAACUUAUGCUCGUUGACUGAGCAGCAAGGAACGCUUUGACAUGCUUUAUGUUGAUCGUUACCCCUUCUGUCUUAGCACGGUACCUCUCCAGGGUCUUGCUACUCGGAUAUGUGUGUUCCUCAAUGGCACUAGCUGUCACAACCAGAUCAGCAUAUUGAGCUGACCGAAAGCAUUGGAUAUUAGGCAUGAACAGAUGAAUAAAGAUUAUUUCAUCCUUGUUGUAACCUUUCUCAGUUAUUAAAUCUUCUAUUUCCUUCUUUUCCGCCAUGAAACUUAUGAUCUGGGAGGGAAGUGGCUUCAUGAAAAGGAUACUACCACCCGUAGCUAUGACACGCUGUACAAGGGAGUAUGUGGUCAUUCCUGAAAGUGCUGUUAACAUUUUUACGUGAUUUUUUAUGGCAGCUGUCCUGAUAUCAGUGUAAUUGCCCUUAAUUAUAUUGAACACAGCUUUCCUUAGAGUUGGCCUCGAUAUAGCCAAAUUAUUUACCCUUGUACCUCCUGCUUGGAGAUCCAUUUGGAUAUUUAACUCUGUAGUUUCAUGGAUGGAAGAUAGAAAAGCAUUGUAUCUUUUCAAAAUCCAUUGUCUGAAUUCCUGCUUAUUAGCAACCGGGCGGCACAGAACAUAAGCCCCAUAUACAGCAUGAAAAGCUACUGUCCCUUGAUGUAUCGGGAUUUCAGUUUCCUUAAGUCUCAAGUACUUGUCUUGGAGAACAGUGGGAACGCAGGUUUGAUCAUCUAUCAUGAACGCGAGGUUCUCAUUUGAACCUUCCACCACAACAUCAUUCAAAUCGACACCUGUUAAAUAUUUUAGACAGCACAUGUAGUAUGUGACGAGAAUUCUACUUAUCUCAUCCGAAGCAUCUUCUGUAUCUGCCCCAUACAUUGACAUGAUUUUCUCGACAGGAUCUCUCAUGCCAUUGUAAAAUGCUAAGAUGACCCCUGCUGCCACAGACCGAUUGAUCGGUAAAUAAACUGGUCUCUUAGCUUCAGCUGUAAAGGCAAGCUCGAGACCAGGUUUACUCUGGCCCCGCACAAAAGCAAAGAAGGUAGGAAUUUUUUCACAAAUCAGAUCUUGGUAGGAAGGAUCGGAAUAAUGACCUACUUGGUCUUCAUUCAGGAGGACCUCCUUGUCUAGUAGGUUGAAAAUGAAUGUCGAGUGUGCAGUAAUCUGAACUCCGUCUUUAACCACUCGGAUUUUGGUCUUGACACACUUAUACUUUCCAUCAGAGCCCCCCCCAUCCCCCCCCCCCAUCUCCCGGAUUCCCUUCAAUAGGUCUUGGUAGUCCUUAAGGGGACAAAGUUUAGGAACAAAUACAGCCAUGGUAAUAAUAACUCGAAAAUUAGAAAACCAGAAACACGCACCUAAGGUUGUCAGGUAAAACAGUAAAUGUUAUCAAAGUAACUAGAAAAGAUAAGAAUAAUCGUGAUAAUAAUAUGUCUUAUCAAAGGCUUCAAAAUAACUACGAGUACUAUUAAUUAAGUACAAUAAGAUUACAUGUAAGAUAAAUGUGAUAAUUUAUGUAAUUAUGUAUGUACUUGAAGUUUUUAAAUAAAGACAAUGACUUAAUG